CACGGCUUCAUAGAUUUGAAUGUAGUGCAGACAGCUUUUUCCUAUCGAUGAUCUCAACUUAAGUUUCCUCUGUCAGCCUCAUGAAGAAGCUGAAGAAAGUCCUCGAGAAUGACAAAACUAUCGUCUAUUUUGAACUUUUUGUUUAAAUUUAGGGCGGGAAAGAGCAGAGGAAACUAAACGCCUUAGAAAAAACUCCUUUACAAUGCGGUUCAAACAAAGAGGGCAGUGAUUUCUGCACUUGGUUUUCCGCACUGCUCCUGUUAGCCGGCCAGCCGGGGCUGGGUCCCGUUACAGUUGGGAGUCGGCGGCUCGCCAAGAUGUCCAUGGAGGAGCAGGAGUAUGCCGAGGCGGUGCUGGUGACAGAGGCCGGGCCGCAGUGGCUCCGAGCCGAAGUCGAGCGUCUGAGCCGCGAGCUGCGCGAAACGAGCCACGAAAAGAUCCAGGCGGCGGAGUACGGGCUGGCGGUGCUGGAGGAGAAGCAGCAGCUCAAACAGCGAUUCGAUGACUUGGAAGUGGAAUACGAGGCGGUUCGACAGGAGCUGGACCAGCUGAAGGAGGCCUUUGGACAAGCUCACUCUACCCACAGGAAGGUGGCAGCCGAUGGAGAGAGCAGGGAGGAGUCGUUGAUUCUGGAGUCUGCCAGUAAGGAGGCCCUUUACCAGCAGAAGGUCCUGGAGCUGCAGAAUGAGCUACGGCAGGCCAAAGUGUCCCUCUCCAGCGCUCAAGCUGAAAACGACCGCCUGGCAGCCAUUGUCCUUGAGAUGAGAGAAAACUCUGAGCUGGCGGAACUGCAGCGCGGUCAGCUGCGAGAUGACAUCAGAGAGUACAAAGUUCGGGAGGCUCGGCUGCAGCAGGACAACACUGAGCUGGAGGAGGAGAACAUCUCUCUUCAGAAGCAAGUGUCUGUGCUGAAACAGAACCAGGUGGAAUUUGAAGGUCUGAAACAUGAGAUCCGCCGUCUGGAGGAGGACUCCCAGUGUCUCCACAGCCAGCUGGAGGAGGCCAUGCGUCUAAAAGAGAUUGCUGAGCGCCAGCUGACAGAGUCUUUGGAGACCAUUAAGCUGGAGCGGGAGCAGAAGGCCGUGCUGCGCAAAGAGCUGUCCCACCACAUGACCAUCGGUGGAUCUGUGUACAGCUCCUUCAAUAUCUCCAUCGACAACCCCAAACUCCACGAGGACCCCUCUACCAUCGCCGAACACGACAACGAGGAUCUGAUUAGAGGAUUUGAGAAUGGCUUAGUAAAGACAGGUGACAGCGAUGAAGACAAUAGAACUGUAGUGAACAAGAGAGGAGAGGCUUUCAAGCCAGCUCCGAGCCUGGUGGACGACCUGCUGAGCGAGCUCAACAUCUCAGAGAUACAGAAACUUAAGCAGCAACUUGCGCAGGUUGAGCGAGAAAAAGGGGUCCUGAUAAACUCUCUGCAGGAGAGCCAGAGGCAGCUGGAACAUGCCUACGGCACCGUGUCCGAGCAAAAGGAAACCGUCAACAAGCUGACUGAAAAUCUAAGUGCAAUGAGGAAACUUCAGGCCAGUAAGGAGCGCCAGUCCGCCCUGGACAGUGAGAAAGACAGGGACAGCCACGACGACGGGGACUACUACGAGCUGGACAUCAACGGACCUGAGAUCCUGCAGUGUAAAUACACGGUGGCGGUGUCGGAAGCCGGGGAACUGAGGCAGGAGCUGAAAACGCUCAGGGCACAGUACGAGGAGUGUCGGACACGGUCUGAAGAGGAGCGAGCACGGCUGGAGAGCGACCUCCUCGAGUUGAGGGCAAAGUUGUUGUCCCUGGAGAAGAUUAGCCAGUCGGAUAAAGCAGAGGUGUGCCGUCUGGAGAAGGAGCUGCGUCUGGUCAGCGAGGCUGCGGGGGAAUCUCUUGGCAGCCUGAACGUGGCCCAGGAUGAACUCAUAGCCUUCAGUGAGGAGCUGGCUAAUCUCUACAACCACGUGUGCAUGUGCAACAACGAGACUCCAAACCGUGUCAUGCUGGACUACUACAAGGAAGGCAAGGCCAUGGUGAGAAGGGGGCUGGAGGUGAAGGACAGCCAGUCCGUACUCCUCUCCAGCGGGCUGAUCACUGACACAGAGUCAGACUCAAACCACUCCACAGUGUCCACGUCUCCGGCCCCAGAGCACCGCCCGGAGCCAAUGAACGUCUAUAACCUGGUGGCCAUCAUCAGGGACCAGAUACGACACCUGCAGCAGGCAGUGGACCGCACCACAGAGCUGUCACGCCAGAGACUUGCCAAUUUGGAGCUGAGCGCCGUGGCAGAUAAAGACAAAGAAGCUUGCAUGGAAGAGAUUCUGAAACUGAAGUCCCUGCUGAGCACCAAAAGGGAGCAGAUCGCAACUCUCAGAGCUGUGCUCAAGGCCAACAAGCAGACAGCUGAGGUUGCCCUCUCCAACCUCAAGAGUAAGUACAACAGUGAAAAGGCCAUGGUUACCGAGACAAUAAUGAAGCUCCGCAACGAACUGAAGGCUCUCAAAGAGGAUUCAGCUACGUUCUCCUCACUCCGAGCCAUGUUUGCCACAAGAUGUGACGAGUAUGUUAUCCAGCUGGACGACAUGCAGAGGCAGCUGGCUGCAGCCGAGGACGAGAAGAAGACGCUGAACUCCCUGUUACGUAUGGCCAUUCAGCAGAAGCUGGCUUUAACUCAGCGUCUGGAGGAUCUGGAGUUUGACCACGAGCAGGCACGGCGCAGCAGCGCCACCGCGGUGGGAGGCAAAGCCAAAUCAAAAGGCAAAGGAGCAUCUUCCAACCAUCAUAGUUUCCAUGGGCAGCUGAAAGAGGACAGUGCUUUCCUCAAAGCUGAAAGGAGACUGGACACGGAGCUGGUGGACAAACUCAUCCUGCAGCUCAACAGAAUCUACCCGCAGAUCCUUACAGACAAGGAGGCCACCAAAUUCAGAAACUUGGAUGUUCCUACAAACGUCCGUAUUGGUGAGCUCCUGACACACCUGCAAGGAAAGGGUGAAGAAGCGUGCCGGGAGUUUUACAGGGCUCUUCACCUCCAUGUGGAGGAGGUGUAUUAUAGCUUACCAACACGGCUCCGUCUCAGAGAUUCCUUGGAUCCACUCUCCAUUCCCAGGGUGAUCAAACAGAAACAUGUUCUGAAUGACAGAGGUCCCCACUUCUUUCUGGGUUGUUUCAGCUUUGCCGUUGGAAUGGCUUUACUCUACUACUACAGUGAAGCUAAGGUAUCGGGAGGCAGUCGGGCUCUCGGGAUGGCUGCUCUUGGCCUGAAAAAAAAAGCCCAGGAGGUUCUUAUAUGGUACACUGAAGAGGGUCUCAUGAAGUAGUGGGUAACUCCUUCACACCCGGUGCUUCAUAGUGACUGAUCCUACCAAAGCACACCCUGUCUCCUUAAGUGUUAAACGCUGCCUUUGUUCGACAUAUAUGUUAGAUAUUAUACAUUUUAUUUUGGCGCUAAAAUUUGAAAUAUUGGUCAAAUAGGUGCUUUCCUUCUUUCACUUAUGUAAUCUGAAAUGGGUGGAAGGGUUGCAAACACUUUCUGACUCUAACUUUUCUUUUAAAAGAAAGGUUAAAGUUAAAACACAAGAUCUCUUUAUUUUGCGGCUCAGAGGAACCUUCCUUUACUCAGUAAGUCAAAUGCAUCAGCCCAUUUUGUUGCCGUAUCUAAAACCUGAAUUUUUUGCUAUUAUUUAUGUUCUUUUGGGGGCGGGGGGGCACACGUGUGUUUUGCAUUAAUGUAAGUCACACUAGAAGUGGUGUGAGGUUUCAUUGUACUCGUUAUAGUACAACGACAACUAUCAAUUAGAUUCUGAAUCAUGGUCGCCAUCUUGUGGACAAAUGAGGAGUCGCAUAAUCAAAUGUAUGUUGUUUCUUUGAAAAAUAGCUUCUGACAUUUCUGUUUAUGGUAAGAAAAACACACAUAUGUAUGUACAUAACAACAAAAUUUAAAUCAUGUUCACAGUCCAAAAUAUCAUAUAAUUUAGUUUUAGUUAAAGCCGUGCUUGAUAUCACGUGGUUUAUCUCACCAAUCAUAACACGCAUUCAGGUUGCAGUGCAUUGUGGGUAUCAUUAAGACGAAAGAAAAUAUAAGGUUCUUUAUAGAAAUGUGGGAAUAAUGACGUAUUGGUCAUCGUUCACGGGCCCAGAGAAGAUAUGUAUCUGUUGGAGUCAACAAAUGUUAGGAAAUGCGAAUUAGCACCAUGAGUGAAACACGGUUGUGUGAGGGCUCCUAUAUUACCGGGAGUCCAACCUAGCAUAACUGUGUUGUAUGAAAGGAGAGAAGGUUAGCACUCCCCUUGACAAGGAUGGAAUUGGCCCUUGUGGCCAUCAACACAUAUACGGUUAAGGCAUUGCCACCUACUUCGUGGCAUCUCUGACCAAGUUUUUUAGCUGUUUUUCUGCUCCUAUGCACGUCACGGCCCGCGGCUGCUGUUAUUCAACAUGGAACUCGGCAGCGGAAAUGUGUGUCACAAUUCCCAUGUGCACGUUUCCGCUUUGUCGGACUCGGGCAGGGUGGAACAUUGUAUUUCCCCUGUUGAUCCACGAUGGCAUUAGGUCACCAGUAAAAAUAGGCUUGGUUUCUGUGGUCCUCUGUCUUGCUUUCCAGAUUUUCCCAAGAAAUACAGCGCGUCUUGAAAUAACAUGCGGAUUUUUAUUAGUGAAAAAACGACACCGAAACAUCGAUGGAUGUGUUUAAUGUGCCUCGGAGAAUAAAGUCACUUUUGGACGGUGCUUUUUUACGUCAAAUUUGGCAAUGAGUUGACAUGCAACAAAGUCACACGUAGUUUAGUGGAGUUUCCAGUUUGUAGACUAAUAGAAACUAAUUCAGCAUUGAAGAUGGUUCAUCAAUUCUAUGUGAAAGGGCGUUUUCUUUCCUAACGCUAUGAGGAAUGAUCCACAGGAUGUAAGAAGCCAACGCGGAAAUGUUCAUCAGCUGGUGCCUUCUCUAUAAAUCUGUAGUUAUUCUAAAGGGAAAUAUUUUUGUGGAAGUGUAAUAAUGUAUACGCAUUGACUUUGUCAAAUAUUGUGUUGCCUUACAUUUGCUAUUAACCACAAUUUGUAAGAACUUUGUACAUGAAGAUUUAAAAAAUGCACAGAAAUUGGAAAAAAAUAAAAACAAGAAACUUG